UUUCUUUGUCCAUUCAAACGGAUUGUUCUAAUCAAAUUCCUUUGCUUGUUUGGUUUUAAAGAGUCUUUCUUAGUUGACUUUUUUUUUGUGAAUAAUAACCUAAAAACACAGCCUGCCCCCAUUGGCUUGUUCAACUCCCUGAUUCCGUAGUAACUUCUUCACUUCGAUCCAUCUCUCUUCCCUCUUCGUUACUCUGUGGAAAAAGGGUGUUUUCUUUUUGUUUUGAAAAUCUUUUGAGUCAUGGCGUCGCAAGAAUACUUGGACAAGAUGCAGCUCCGCCAGAACUAUCGAAAUCUCUGGCACACCGAUCUCAUGAGCACCAUUCAACGGGACCCUCCUUAUUGCUGCUUUGCUUUUUGGUGUGCGCCAUGUGCAUCCUACAUGCUCCGGAAACGAGCGCUUUAUAAUGACAUGUCAAGGUAUACAUGUUGUGCUGGUUAUAUGCCAUGUAGUGGUAGGUGUGGAGAGAGUAAAUGUCCUGAGUUUUGCCUUUGCACUGAGGUUUUCCUCUGCUUUGGAAACUCAGUGGCCUCUACCCGAUUUCUGUUGCAAGAUGAAUUCAACAUUCAAACCACAAAAUGUGACAAUUGUAUCAUUGGUUUCAUGUUCUGCCUACAACAAAUUGCCUGUAUAUUUUCCAUAGUUGCAAUGAUUGUUGGAAGUGAUGAGAUUCAAGAGGCGGCACAGUUACUGAGUUGUUUGUCUGAUAUGGUUUAUUGCACGGUUUGUGCAUGUAUGCAGACGCAGCAUAAGGUUGAAAUGGACAAAAGAGAUGGCAAGUUUGGUCCACAACCAAUGGCAGUUCCCCCUGUCCAGCAGAUGUCACGCAUUGAUCAGCCAAUUCCUCCUGCAGCUGGCUAUCCACCAGCAGCAUAUGGAGCGUAUGGACAGCCUUACCCACCUCAGGCACCUGGUUAUGCAGCUCAAGGUUACCCAUCGGCCGCAUAUCCUCCUCAGUACCCUCCAGCUGGUUACCCACCAUCUGGUUAUUCUAGGUGAGUUUUCUCUGGGUUACUGGUUAGUUGCCAGCACUUGAGUCGGGUUAUACCGAGACAUGGAUGGAGCUGGUAUUCAUUUUAAAAAUUGACUGGCAUGCAUUUAUACAAUUAUAUAUUUCAUGUGUAAUUUGCUUUUGGCAUUGCUGAUUUAAACAGCUAAAGAUUUAAAUAUUGAUACUAUCAGGUAUCAGCUUGUCUAUUCCUAAUAAUUUUAUUUUACUUCAUUUUCCUUCGCUCUGGUGUUUAUGUAAAUUUUAUGUACAGCUUUUGGUACAUAAGGAUAAAACCAAGAUUGUCAAAGCUUCUGAUUUCGGGGUUUUUUUUUAUCUUUUUAAAAUGGUACAAUUGGCCCAUAUCUGCGUAUCCAGUGAUAUUGUCAAUUGGCCCUUAUCUGCGUAUCCAGUGAAUUCUAGCGAUUGAAACAAUUGCUUCCAGCCCUUCCUUGAUUAUGAUGGUUGGAUUAGAGUUGUAAUUGA